AUGGCACAAAAAGGCACUGAAAAGACUCUCCAAAAACUCAAGGACUCUAUCAGCAAUGGCAACUACUAUGAAGCUCAUCAGAUGUACCGGACCGUAGCUCGCAGGUACAACAAGCAACAAAAGUACAACAAGGCUAUCCAUUUGCUUCACGAUGGAGCCGUUUCCCUUAUGCAACACAAGCAAUAUGCCUCAGGAUCAGACUUAGCAAACUACAUGCUUGAUACCUACAAUUCAGCCAAUCUUGCAGUUGACGAGAAAUCACUCGAUCGUGUUGUCGAAUUGCUUUCUUUGUAUCCCAGUGAAGAAUCAGGCCGAAGAUCGUACAUCCACAAUGCCUUUAGUUGGACUCAAAAGAAUGGUCAAUAUCGUGAAGGUGAUCCUGAUUUGCAUGAUUACGUUGGAACCAUGUUCUACCAUGAGGGACGUUUUGCAUUGGCCGAGGAACACUUGCUUGUAGGAACCGAUCACAGCGCUGAGCUACUAGGCACUGUUGCAGCAAAGUGGUCUGAGACUGAAGGAAUGCCAUCAGGAGGUUUAUUCAUUGCACGUGUCGUCUUUCAAUUACUAGCAAUGAAGAACAUUCACCAUGCUACCCUUGCUUAUGAGGCAUUUAUUCAAGCAUCCAAUCCUCCCAAAACAGGAUCCGAAGUCGAUGUGCGACAUGCUCCAGCCGAUGAACCUGUCAAGGAGCCUGUAUAUGACGAUAGCUGGCUUAAUUUCACCCGACUUGUUUUGUUGACCGUGCAACGUGAUGCCACAGACUUGUUCAAGCAGCUACGGGAUACUUAUGGAGCUAUGUGUAAUGAACAAAAGGGCUUCGAUGAGUUGCUGGAUGAUAUUGGCGCUGUCUUUUUCAACAUCCCUCGACCCAAAAAGCAAGCCAAUUUGCUGCAGGACCUUAUGAAAGGAUUGUUUACAGGCGGUCCAAACCCUCCACAACAACAGCGUCAAGUUGGCAUGGAGCUUGAUUAA